CACCGUGGCAAGGUGCUUCGUCAUCACGCAACCCAGGAAGUGCUAAGCCGGAUAGCUUAGUUUUGUUUUGACAAUGAUGGAGGAAGAAGAAUUUGAAUUUACCGAAGAUUUAGAGGCAAUUUUGCAUCUAACUCCGGAGGUGCAACUAGCCAUUGAACAGGUUUUCCCCAGCCAGGACCCUCUGGACAGAGCAGACUUCAAUGCUGUGGAGUACAUCAACACACUCUUCCCCACCGAGCAGUCUUUGGCGAAUAUCGAUGAUGUUGUAAAUAAAAUUCGACUGAAGAUAAGGCGUCUUGACGAUGAUAUCAGGACGGUAGUGAGAGGUCAGACCAACGUGGGACAGGACGGCAGACAGGCUUUGGAAGAGGCCCAGAUAGCCAUCCAGCAACUCUUUGGCAAAAUCAAAGACAUUAAGGACAAGGCAGAGAAGUCGGAACAAAUGGUUAAGGAGAUAACGAGGGACAUCAAGCAGUUGGAUCAUGCCAAGCGCCACCUUACUACUUCCAUAACCACCCUCAACCACCUGCACAUGUUGGCGGGGGGUGUCGACUCUUUAGAAGCCAUGACCAGAAAGCGGCAGUAUGGAGAGGUGGCCAACUUGCUGCAGGGAGUGGUUAAUGUGCUUGAACACUUCCAAAAAUACAUGGGCAUACCCCAGAUCAGGCAGCUUUCAGAGAGAGUGAAGGCAGCACAGAGUGAGCUGGGGACUCAGAUUCUGGCAGAUUUUGAAGAAGCCUUUCCUGCUCAAGGCUCCAAGAGACCCGGUGGACCCAGUAAUGUCCUCAGAGAUGCCUGCCUGGUGGCAAAUGUACUCGACCCGCGCAUCAAACAGGAGAUUAUCAAAAAAUUUAUCAGGCAGCACCUCUCGGAGUAUCUGGUUCUCUUCCAGGAAAAUCAAGAUGUCGCCUGGCUGGAUAAGAUUGAUCGCCGCUAUGCUUGGAUCAAGCGACAGCUUGUAGACUACGAGGAAAAAUAUGGUCGCAUGUUUCCUGAAGAGUGGUGCAUGACGGAGCGAAUCGCUGUGGAGUUCUGCCACAUCACCAAGGUGGAACUAGCCAAGGUGAUGCGAACCCGGGCAAAGGAAAUUGAAGUGAAACUGCUUCUGUUCGCUAUCCAGAGGACGACAAACUUUGAGGGUUUGCUGGCCAAGCGCUUCACAGGAUGCACCUUAACGGAUAAACCUGGGCAGCAGAAGAGACCAGAUAGCCCACUAGAUCAAACUAACCCAUUUUUAGAGGACGAUCCGGGAGAAGAUGUGGGAUCAGAAAAGGAUGAAGAUCUUGCUAAGCCGAGGAAGCCCAAAGCUCCCGACAAUCCAUUCCAUGGCAUUAUCUCCAAGUGUUUUGAGCCUCAUCUCUACGUCUACAUUGAGUCCCAAGACAAGAACCUUGGGGAAUUGAUUGACCGUUUUGUGGCUGAUUUCCGAGCACAAGGCCCACCCAAGGCAGGGACCGAGGAGGGUGGCGCAGUGCUGCCCAGCUGUGCCGACCUCUUCGUUUACUACAAGAAGUGCAUGGUCCAGUGUUCCCAACUGAGCACAGGCGAACCCAUGAUCGCCCUCACAACAAUCUUCCAGAAGUUCCUCAGAGAGUACGCCUGGAAAAUCCUUUCUGGCAACUUGCCAAAAUCCAGCAGUAACAGCGGGGGUCUCACCAUCACCAGCCUGCUGAAGGAAAAAGAAGGCUAUGAGGCAGCGAAGUUCAAUGUCGAUGAGCUCUGCCUGAUCUGCAGCAUCCUUGGUACUGCAGAAUACUGUCUGGCUACCACACAACAGCUGGAGGAGAAGCUGAAGGAAAAAGUAGAUAAGGUCCUGGUGGAGAGAAUAAAUCUGACCGGGGAGAUGGACACUUUCAGCACUGUGAUCUCAAACAGUAUCCAGCUGCUGGUUCAGGAUCUCGAUGCUGCCUGCGAUCCCGCUCUGAGUGCUAUGAGCAAGAUGCCGUGGCAGAGUGUGGAGCAUGUGGGUGACCAGAGUCCUUACGUCACAUCAAUCAUCAUGCACAUUAAGCAAAACGUGCCCAUCAUCAGAGACAACCUUGCCUCAACUCGAAAAUACUUCACACAGUUUUGCAUCAAAUUUACAAACUCUUUCAUUCCUAAAUUUAUUAACCACUUGUUCAGAUGUAAGCCUAUCAGCAUGGUGGGAGCCGAGCAGCUCCUCCUGGAUACACACUCCCUGAAGACAGUUUUGUUGGAUCUUCCAUCCAUAGGCUCCCAGGUCCUCAGAAAGGCACCUGCCAGUUAUACCAAGAUUGUAGUGAAAGGCAUGACGCGUGCAGAGAUGAUACUUAAGGUGGUGAUGGCCCCACACGAACCACCAGUGGUGUUUGUUGAUAACUACAUCAAACUUUUGGCUGAUGGGAACCCAGAGACCUUCCAAAAGAUUUUGGAUAUGAAGGGUCUGAAGCGCAGCGAACAAAGCAGCAUGCUGGAGCUCUUCAGGCAGAGGUUACCCACUCCACCCUCGGGAUCUGACAGCGGCCCAUCCCUGUCCUUCAGUGCCCCCACCCCAGAGCAAGAGUCGUCUCGUAUCCGCAAGCUGGAGAAGCUCAUCAAAAAGAGACUGUGAAGAGACUCAGAUCUUGAUCCUAACAGGCGCUGCCGGCGCCUUCAGGUGUUUUGCAGUAACGCAUCUCAAAGACUUCAUUAGACUCGAUUCAGUUAGAGAGGAGAGCUACAAAAAGAGGAAAAACUUGACUAAACUUUCUAAGUGAUGGUCUCACACAACCCAUCCGAUGCUUGGUUAUGAAGAAACUUCCUCAACGGUUUGUUGCUGUUGCACACGUCCUGUAUUUCUGUAAAUUUCCACCGUUGUUUCUGUGACACUAACGUCAAUGAUCUCAGAUUGCCUAAAGUACUAUUGCUGAUUAAAUUCUGCUCAGAGUGUCUCCUGCUGCUCCUUAAUGUACCUAAUCAUGGAUGAUCCUAAGAUGUUAAUUAAAUUUACUGUUUCUGAAUAUUAAGAAGAGGAUGGUGUAUAUUUGUAAGAACUGCUCAAGCAUGAAGAAGAGUGGAUUGAAAUAUUAUUUGUGUCAUCUUUAAAGGGGACUUUUCUCUCGGGUGUUGAUGUUGUUGAAAGAGCAGUGGCCUGUAAUCAUCACAUACGUCUGACAGAUCUGCUGUUUCAGUGAGCAGACGAUCACGACGAUCACAUGCAAUGUCUUGCAAAUUUAUUCGUAGCCUUUCAACUUAUUCAUAUUCUGUCACCCUUCCUGUUUCAAACUCAUAUUUAAGUUAUUUCGAUCAACAUAAAGUAGUACGUGACUGUGAUGUGGAAGGAAAAUAUUAAUGCUUUUCAUAAUUGAAAGUCUGAAAAUUGUGCCGUGCGUUUGUUUGCAGCCUACUCUGAUACCCCUGGAUAAAAUCUAUUGCAAUCAGUUUCUUAAUGGUGUCCAGGCGUGCGUGUUUUAAUUUAUAUAAAUAGCUAUUGCUGGAAGGUUUGUUAAAGAAUAUUGACAGGAAAGGGGAUGCAAAUGAUUGUAUGAAUUUUCAGUUUUUUUUCUAUGCGAAUAAAACAUAUUACUUCCACUUCUUAA